AUGGAUAUGAAUUCCAUCACCCCAACAAGCGGGAUUGACUUACUUGUCCGGCAAGGCAUCGAGCACCUCCGGGAAAAGACGGCAACUCCGGGUCAGGAAGGAGAUGCCACCGGCCCCACAUCACCCCGUUCCUACCUUUCAUCCCGAUCUAGAGCCCGGAGCAGCGUUUACUCAUGUUUCCAAAAUGACCUCUCCGAGGAAUCCUCCGUCUUAAAACCCCGCUCACGGCUCCUGGAACUGCCAAACGAAUUACAGUACAUGAUCGCAGCGUACCUCAACUUCGGCGAUAUGGAACGUCUCCGUCGCACAUGUCGCCACUUCCGCGCCCUCCUCACCCGGGACUUCGUGCGCGCGCACUUCGGCGGCGACGAGCGCUUCUCGCGACAACUGAUCUCGCACUGCCAAUCAUGUCUCAAGCGCCCGGGACGGCAAAGCCUAAUCCUCCAGCCCCAACCCCAAGUCCAAGCCACCUCCAACGACCGCCCCCUAAGCUCGAAAUGCUUCCGCUGCGCCGUCUCCUCGCGCGACCUACACGUCGGCACCAGCCUGACCCUCGCCAACUCGGACUCGGCGUGGGUGUGCCGCUGGUGCGGGUGGCCCGUCCGCGGGACGGCUUCUCCCUACGAGCAGUUCCAUCGCCGCUGCUACGACCGCUAUUACCGCGUGCUGUGGGCGUUCCUGUGUCUCGGGUUCGCGCAGUUCGCGGCGGGCGUCGUGGCCGCCGCGCUCUCGCUGAUCUACUUCCGCGGGGAUAGGCGCGUUUUCCCGCCCGUGGUGGCAGGCUUCGCGCUGCUGUGGGUGUGCAUGGCGUUUCUGGCGUUUAGGGGGAAUCGCGUGCGUACGUAUCAUUGGGUUGGGGUGCUGGAGCUGGUUAUCUUGGGUUUGUGGAUUCCGCCGGUGUAUGCUGUUGCUACGGGUGUGGGUGAUGGAGCUCCUGAACGGAGCGCUAUUGUGGCGUUGGUUUUUUAUGGGGUGAAUGUAAUGUUUCGAUUGCUCAACUUCAUCGGCAAUAUCGUCCUGAUGUAUGAGUACGAUAUGACGAAGCACUACGUCCCGCAACUGUCCCUUAGAAGGAAGCUGCUCAACAUGCUUAUGGCAGGGUUGAUUUAUUGGACGUAUCCCCAAUGCGUCGAGCAGAGAUAUCCCCCUGACUACAAUUAA